AUGUCUACAGAACAAACUUUCCAACGUCAUGAAAUCCACUCAGCUCGCGACGCUGUCGCAAACACAAUCCUAGACCGUCACAGCACUCGCGCCUUUUGCACCGGUCAAAAAGUCCCCAUGAACAUUAUCGAAGAAUGUUUCAGUGUCGCUCAGCAUGCGCCUUCUUCCACGAAUAUCCAACCUUGGAGAGUGACGUUGACGUCUGGCGCGCCUUUGAAGCGUCUAUCUGCUGCUCUUGUCGAAGCUUUUCAGAAUGGGGAGGAACUCAAGGUUGAUGCUAUUCCUGACUCGUAUAGUCGUUAUCGCUCCGAACUGGGACACCACGUGUAUGGACCGAAUGGUUAUGACAUUCCUCGUGGAGACACGGAGGCCAUGAAGAAGACUCUGAUUGACAACUUCAAAUUUUAUAACGCUCCGAUAGUGGCGGUUAUAUCCAUCGACAAGGAGCUCAACAAGGGCGAUAUCCUAUCUGUUGGAAUUUAUCUACAGACCCUUCUUUUGCUGUUGACUGAGAAGGGUUUGGGAACUCAGGUUUCGGCUGCUCCAACUGGAUAUCCGGACAUUAUCAAACGAGAGCUGGGCAUUGAUGAGAAUCUCGACAUUCUGUGCACGCUGGGAAUCGGGUUUGAGAAUAAGUCGCAGCAUAUCAAUUCGUUGAAGAUGCCGAGGAAUGUUUGGAAGGAGAAUGUUAGGAUUGUUCUUGAUUGA